GGGGAUUGGAACACCUGAAUCGCAUGAUAUGGAGGGGAUUGGAACACCUGAAUCACAUGAUAUGGAGGGGAUUGGAACACCUGAAUCACAUGAUUGGGAGGGGAUUGGAGCACCUGAAUCACAUGAUAUGGAGGGGAUUGGAACACCUGAAUCACAUGAUUGGGAGGGGAUUGGAACACUUGAAUCGCAUGAUUGGGAGGGGAUUGGAACACCUGAAUCACAUGAUAUGGAGGGGAUUGGAACACCUGAAUCACAUGAUUGGGAGGGGAUUGGAACACUUGAAUUGCAUGAUUGGGAGGGGAUUGGAACACCUGAAUCACAUGAUAUGGAGGGGAUUGGAACACCUGAAUCACAUGAUUGGGAGGGGAUUGGAGACACCUGAAUCACAUGAUUGGAGG